AUGUCAAAUCGACUUGAUGUGCUCAUUUUCGGUGCGACUGGUUAUACCGGCCAGUAUGUCAUCGAAGAAAUGGCAAGAAAAGGAAGACAGUUUGGUUUGAAAUGGGGUAUUGCCGGACGAACAGUAGAGAAACUAAAACAAGUCCUUCAGCAAGCAUCCGAUGUGACAGGUAUUGACAGUCUGACUUCAGUUGUCGAUACAGUUACAGCGAAUAUCACUAAUCAACAGUCAUUAGUCAAUAUGUGUGCACGAACAAAAGUUCUAAUCAAUUGUGUUGGACCCUACCGACAUUAUGGUGAACCAGUAGUUCAAGCUUGUCUUGAAGCACGUACACAUUAUGUUGAUAUUUCUGGUGAACCACAAUUUCUAGAAACAAUGCAACUUCGAUAUGAUAGCCAAGCUGCCGAACGCGAGGUCAUCGUAGUUGGUAGUUGUGGUUUUGAUUCACUUGUUGCCGAUCUCGGCGUUGAAACUAUUCGACAAGAAUGUGAACGAAACAAUCUUGACAUCGCGUUGAUCGAGAGUUUCCUUACUUUAAAAUACGGAACAAUAACAGGUGGCUUGAUUCAUUAUGCAACAUGGGAAUCAGCUGUCUAUGGAUUUUCUCACGCUAAUGAACUGAAACGUCUUCGACGACAGCUGUUUCCACAAAAGUUACCCUAUUCAAAAGCUAAAAUACAUAGAAAUAUAGUCUUUCAAACAAUGAUCCAAGGCCAAUCAAUUUGGGCAGUACCAUUUCCCGGUAGUGACAGAUCUGUUGUUCAACGAACACAGUAUUUCACUUACACAAAACUAAACCAAAAACCAGUUCGCUUUCAACCGUAUUUACAAUUGCCAUCGCUGUUUCCAGUUGUUAAACUGGUCUUUUUCGGCUUAAUAUUUUCGGUUUUGGCAAAAUUUAAAUUCGGAAUCCAAUUAUUACUCAAAUUUCCCAGUUUGUUUUCCAGUGGACUGGUAACCAAAGAAGGACCAACACGACAAGAUUGUGAACAUGCAAAAUUUAAAAUGACAUUCCUGACCCAUACAGAAAAUAAUCAGAAACUGAUUCAUGAAUUCGUUGGACCUGAUCCAGGCUAUCUAGGUACAUCGAAGAUGUUAAUUUCCUGUGCAGUCAUGUUGAUUAAAGAGAGCGAACGUUUACCAGCGAAAGGUGGAGUGUUGACACCAGGUGCAGCAUUCGGACGCACAACUAUAAUGGAUUUCUUAGAAAAAGAAGGACUUACAUUUACCAAAAAUGCGCAUCAUUCAUUUUUUAAUCAACGUAAUUGUAUUGAUAUCCUUGGAUUGGAAAUAGAAAAUGACAUGCACUCAAGUGACGCAUUCGACCAAGAGUGUAAAAAUUGGCCCAGAGAGAGCAAACCAAAUCAUCGACAAACUGACAUUGAUGUAGCUACUCGCAUCAUAAAUCUAUACGAAUAUGGAUCAUUUCCAUCUUUUUCUCGUCGUCAUACAUUUACAAUGCAACAAAGUCGACCUUAUGCCCAAUUUUCGAACGAUUACAAUGAUGUCGUUGUAGACAAUAACAACUCGAAGCCUCAUUUCACACCAAAUGAUUCUGGUAUAAGUUGUGAUGAGGAUGAAAGUGGCUUUUCGAAUGAAUUUGAUUUCGAUGCUAUCGAUCCCAUUGAUUCAUCGACAAUAACAAUCACUGAUGAUGCUCAUAGAGCAGCAGUUAUUCAAGAUGACGACAAGAAAUAUUUCUGUGAUAAUACCGUCUGGGCUUGGCAUGGCGAGUUUGGUCGAUUGGUCAUGGCAACCGCUAUGACAUACAAUGUCGACUAUCGUCUUAUACCAUAUGAAGCACGGUUCAUAUGUCCACGUGUAUUAAAUGCUUUCUAUUCAUUGACGCAAUCAGAGAACGCCAAAGCACAAUUUAAAUGUGAUACGUGUGGACAUUGUUGGACAUCAAUGCGCGCACGUUGUACAUUCUAUAUCUCGAAACCUAACGAAGGCGGUAUCGUUUUAUUGAGACUUUAUGCGCAACAAUGUCAAUAUUGUUAUUCAACUGUUCGUCCACUGUGGUAUUUCGAUGAAAUAUGUCGAGUGAUGAAAAAACUAGCGAAGACAAUAUGUGAAUGUUUCUUUCCGAAUUCUGUUUCGUCCAACUAUUGGGAUAUAACUCAUAAUGGUACUCAGCCAGUACAACGUUUAAUCCAACGAAAAGGAAGUAUGCAUUCACAGCAUUAUUCUGCGCUGUGCGAAGCAUGUCAAUUUCAUUCAUGUUAUUCAUAA